UCACUGUCCAGAACAUGUGUGGUAGUGUGGCUGUGGUGGCUGCGGUGGUGCUGGCUGUGGUGGUGGCUGUGGUGGCUGACCCAGGCUUCAAACUGAAACGCCGGCGAUGUCGUCCAGUUGUUCUCCUCAUUCCUCAAUACUCCAAGAUAAUAAUGAAGAUGCCGGUCUACCACACAGUGCACAAAGAACAUAUCGUCCCAACCACCAUCUACCACACUGAGCACAAGACCAAGUACCAGGAGGAGUACCAGACCAAAUACAUCCCAGAGUACAUCACCACGGUCGUCUAUGAGACCAAACAUGAGUACAAGACCAAGUACGAGACCGAAUACGAGACUGAGUACAAACCCCAUUACGUCACCACCACUGAGAAAAUCCCAACCUACGUCACCGAGACUGAGUACCAGACAGAGUACCAUACCACAUACGAGUACCAUACCGUUUAUAGCACUGAAUAUGUACCCCAAUAUAAGACCACAACCCAGGUCGAGUAUAAGACCCAGUACAAGACCACACAGGUCCCCGAGUACCACACAGUGACCAAGACUGAAGAGGUUUUUAAGACCGUCUGUCCACAACUAUCUUACGGCCACUAGCAACAACCACACAACCACACAACCACACACACACGUACACCAGUCUAUCACAGUAUAUUUCUCACUUAUACGAGUACUAAGACACCCAGACCACAUUAUCUUUCUCACUUAUUAUUAUUGACGAUAUAUAAAUCUUUUUGUCGAGGGAUUUAGCCAUUAUGUUCCUUGGUGUUAAGACAUCUUUCUCACCGAGGCAAUUUAUGUUUAUGUUUUACUUUUCGUCGCGAUUUUUUCCCUGACUCUGUAUAUUAAUGUUAAAAUAAAUAAAUAAAAUAAAUUUAUUAAUUUUCGUG